UCAUCUCACAAUGGCAUCCCGCUUGGCAAGAAGCACGCUCGGCGCAGGAACGAGACUCCGACCAGCUCUUCCAUCCCGAACUCUGCCGGCCCUCACGACCUCCCUCACAAGCUAUCGAUCAGCAUCGAGUGUCCCAGCGGAGGAUCCCAAGAAGAAGGCACAAUCGAUUAUCGACUCGCUGCCAGGCAAUUCAUUGAUCUCCAAGACUGCCAUUCUCUCAUCAACAGCCGGUGUCGCGAUCUACGCUCUUAGCAACGAGUACUAUGUCGUAAACGAGGAGACCAUUGUUGCCCUCUGCUUGCUGAGCAUCUGGACCGCUGUCUUCAAGUAUGGUGGACCGAUGUACAAGGACUGGGCGGAUGGACAGAUCAACAAGAUUAAGGGCAUCUUGAAUGCUGCUCGUGCCGACCACACCGACGCCGUCAAGACCAGAAUUGAGAGCGUUUCGCAAUUGGGAAGCGUUGUUGAUGUCACCAAGACCCUCUUCGAGGUCUCAAAGGAAACCGCUCAACUCGAGGCCAAGGCUUUUGAGCUCGAGCAAUCCACCGCCCUUGCCGCAGAAGCCAAGGCUGUUCUGGACUCAUGGGUACGAUACGAGGGACAAGUGAAGAUCCGUCAACAGAAGGAGCUCUCAGAGUCCAUUAUUGCCAAGAUUCAGAAGGAGCUUGAGAACCCCAAGGUUCUUCAACAAAUUUUGCAACAAAGUGUUGCUGAUGUGGAGAAGAUCGUGCAAUCAAAAGCUCAAUAGACAAGAAAAUAAUGAGGGCAUACAGAUUUCCUUGGUACCCGUGUUGUUUAUAAACCCCAUGUGCAAUAGUCAACGAAGGAUUCUUCACCUCAAGAUCUGACUUUACGGAGGUUACCUCUUUGAAUCUUGUGAGACUCGUCCAAGUGAUUCUUACAAGAAUUAGUAGUAGAUGAUACCAUUAGGAAGAUGUUACAUGACACUCCUGUUUGUUCAAAG